AUGUCGGCCAACUCCACAUCGACCGCAAGCUCGACCGGUGCAGCGUCGAUCGCUGCCAAAUCUCCCCCGGACCCGACGGCCACCUUCGUCGCCCACAUCGACAUCUUCUUCCUCUCCGUCUUCGGCGUCUUCGUCCUCUACGCCCUGCCCCGGUUGAUCACCCGCUUCUGCCACGCCCCGGAGUGGUUGGCCGGUACGGUCCUGCACCGCGUCACGACGACGACCGCCCCCUUGCACCACCGCUCCGGAUCGCAAGGCUCCCGACAAGUCCUCGCGCGCCCCCGACGCGCGCAAGGUGGUGAAUCCUUCCUCCCCGUUUCGCCCACCGGCCCCGCCGCCUCGGACGACUCUCACGCCCACCUCGUCCGCUCGCCUACCUCCGCCUCCUCCUACUCUACCACCACACCCGCCUCCUCCCCGUCCCGGACCGCCUACGACGAGCGCCACGUUCCACCUCACUUCCCUGCUCACUCGACGCAUGUCCCACGGCUCGCCCGGCUCCUGCGUGCCUCCUUCCUCGGCACCUCGUACACCGUCGGCUCGCUCCUCCCACCGCUGAUCUACCUCGUCACCCUCAUCUACGCCGUCUUCCACGGCUCCGAGCCGUUCACGGACCCGAUCCGGUGCGGCUACCUCGCCGCCUCGCAGCUCCCGCUCGUCGCCUUCCUCGCGCUCAAGAACUCGCCCGCGGGGCUCCUGCUCGGCGCCGCCGCGUCCUACACCAAUCUCAACUACCUCCACCGCGUCGCCGGCCGCGCCGUCAUCUUGCUCGUCAACGUACACGCGGCCGGGUACGCGUACAAGUGGGCGUUGAACGGGACGGUGCGCGAGGAGCUCGCGAAGGGGUGGGUCGUGUGGGGCCUCGUGGGGCUCGUGUGGGCGGAUGUGAUGCUGCUCACGAGCGCGAGCAUCGUCAGGCGCAAUGGGUACGAGGUCUUCAGGGUGUACCACACGAUCGGCUUCGUCGUCAUCCUCGUCGCGCUCGCCAACCACGCGUCCAAGCUCGCGAUCUACGCCGCGAUCGCGGCCAUCAUGUACGCCUCCGACCGCCUCGUCCGCGCGCUCAAGACCCGGCUCGCGACCGCGACGAUCCGCGCCCUGCCCGAGAUGGGCAGCACCCGCGUCGAGGUGCGCGGGCUGAACGCCGGCUGGCGCCCGGGGCAGCACGUCCGCCUGCGCGUGCUCUCGCUCGGCCUCGGGCCGUUCGCGUGGGCGGAGGCGCACCCGUUCACGAUCCAGUCCGUCGCGCGCGAUCCGGCGGGCGAGGGCCUCGUGCUCACCGUCAAGCAGGCCGGCAACUGGACGCGCAAGCUGUACGCCCUCGCGUCGUCCGCCGCGUACUCGCCCGCGAAGGACGCCGGCGACGCGGAGGAGAAGGGCGUCGGCGUCGUGGGCGAUGCGGGCAGGAACGUGACCGUGAUGGUCGAGGGCCCGUACGGCGGCCCUGGGCACACGCUGUACCCCAGCUUCGACGGCGCGCUGUUCGUAGCGGGCGGGAGCGGGAUCACGUACGCUCUCGGUUGUGCGCGGGCGGCGGUCAGCGAGGCUCGGCGUGGCCGAGCACGCUGCGGCGUUGUCAGACUCGUAUGGGUAGUUCAAGAUCCCUCGAGCAUCACGCCGCUCCUCCCGCUGUUCUCCGCGCUCGCGCUCGACUCGCAAUCGUCCGCGCCGAGCAAGACCAACCCGCACGUGAAGGUGGACGUGUUCUACACCCGCGCGUCUGCCUCGACCUCGACCGAGCUCGCGCGGAUGUACCUCCCGCCCGGCGUCACCCUCUCCCCCGGCCGGCCGAAACUGGCCAAGAUCAUCGAGUCGGUCGCGGAUCGCACGGGGUCUGUCAAGGCGCGGGAGGACCGGGCGAUGAGGAAGGACGCCGCGGGUGAAAGUGCGGUGAUGGGUCCCUGUGGGCUUGUUGUCGGCGUGUGCGGCCCGAGGGAGAUGGGCGCGGAGGUGCGGAGCGCGGUGGGCGCUUUGGACGCGGAGGUGACCAAGAUGGUCGGAGGUGUCGAGGUUCACGAAGAGUGA